AACACCAUUAUUAUAUAGUAGAUUCACCUAUUAAUAAUGCCUUCAUCAGAAUCUGCAGCUAAGCCACCAAACCAAUCUUCUCUUGACAGAGAAAUCAGGGAGAUGGUAUCUGCCAUCACUAACCGUGUAACUGAUUUCCACAAACCAGGUUCAACCCACCACCACCAUUCUGCCACCCACGACGACGACGACCACGGCGUCAGGAUCAUCACCCUCGCCGGAACCAACGACGGAGCCACCCUCAAAGGCGAGUUGGACGAAAAGUCACCCGGAAAAGCUGCUUCUUCUCAUCAUCAACAUCAUCAUGAUCAUGGUGUUGAAGCAGAGCCACUGAGCACUUAUGUCAACAGCAACUUCCAAGCCAUCAACAACUCUAUGAUGCUUGGCGGUAGCUUCCAUGCAAAUGAUCCUGGUGUGCAUUUGGAUAUCUCAGAUUUCACUGACCCUAUUCCUCAUCAUAAUAAGCAUGGCAAGAAGGGCAAGAAGAAAGAGAAAGAAGGUUCCAAGAGUGACCUUCAUUCUGAUUGAGCCUAUACUUUAACUAUGCUAUUUAUAUUUGAUGGCGUGUCAAACAAUAAAUAUGCAAUUAUCUAUA